AUGCCGGUCAUCCAUAGCAAUGCAUCAUUAAAUGGGACAAGCCACCUGAACCAGGGAAUUAUGGAUAUACCCAAAGAUCAAAAAUCUUUGAGCCUUUUCCUUUUUUGUUUGACUUUUAUAAUUACGCUCACAGCACUCCUGGGCAGCAUCUAUUCGCUGGUGUCUCUGCUGAGAAUGCAGAACAAAAGUACAAUUUCCAUGCUUGUGACUUCAUUGACGGUGGACGACCUUAUCAGUGUGGCACCGGCAACGAUCUUCAUGCUCAAGCUCUGGUCGAAUGAGAUGCUUUCCCCAAGCCUGUGCACUGCUUCAGCACUACUGUACUUAUUUCAAGGCUUUUCAAGCAAUCUGAUGGGGUCCCUUGUGGUUUCUUACAACUUCUACAGUCUCAGCAAAGUGGGAAGCAGCCAAGGGGCCAGCAAGAGGCCGGUGAGCAUGAUCUGGGCUGUCCUCACAAUCUGGAUUGUCAGCUUGCUGAUCUGCAUCUUGCCUCUGUGCGGCUGGGGCACCUAUGCCUCCACCUCCUGGGGAUGCCUUACCGACUGCAGCAGUUCUUACAUCUUAUUUCUCUUUAUUAUCUACUCAUUGUGUUUCUGCCUCCUUGCUGUGCUGUCCAUUCCUCUCAUUUAUCAGCUGCUGUGUUCUGAUGAGCAAUAUCAUCUCUAUGAAGAUUACCAUCAAAUCACCCGAGGAUAUUUCUCUCCUGGGUCACCUCCAGUUAGUAGUCACACAUCACCCCUCUCUCCAGAAGACACUGUGAAUAAAACCUUGAAGCAUUCCCAUGAUGCUUGCCAGAACUCUGACCCAAUAGUCAGGCAGAGUCCAGUGAAUCGCUGCAGGAUGGACCGCUACGGGACACAAGAUGUACCAUGCAACAGCCGAAACUUCACUGUGGAAUUUGCUCAGAAGCGCUUCUCGCUGAUACUGGCUCUGACAAAAGUCAUUCUUUGGCUCCCAAUGAUGAUACAAAUGGUUGUUCAACACACUGUUGGUUUUCAAAGCCUUUCCUUUGAGAUAUUCAGCUUUCUGCUAACUUUGCUUGCUGUCACUGUCACUCCAGUGUUUGUCUUGUCAGAACACUGGAGCCACCUGCCUUGCGGCUGCAUCAUCAACUGUCGAAGGAACAUCUACAACGUAGACUCAGAAGCAAGCAAAACCAAAAGAAGAGGUUUUGAAUUCAAUCUGUCAUUUCAACAAGGUUAUGGAAUCUACAAGAUAUCCCAUGACAACCGCCAUAGUGAUGAUGGCAACUCAAUCUCAUACCACAGUUUGCUCAUCUAUGAUAGUGAGAAUGCAAAAGAAACUCAAAAACAGAGCAGCAAAAUUGAGUUCAGCACCAUUUCGCUGGAGGACAGCUCCAUGCUCAAAGAUACUGCCAGGUGCAAAAAAACCGUGGGCACAGACACUAAACAGGACCUUGCCAAGGAAAAGUUCAUGGACUGCUUGCUUUCUGAUAAAAUAGGCACAUACAAAAAGGAAGAAGGCAGAAAUAUUGAGAAGUGCACUUACUUUGAAGGACAGGAAAGAAGGCUUUCUCACGAGGAGAGCCGAAAGCCAGAACUCUCAGACUGGGAGUGGUGCAGAAGUAAGUCGGAAAGGACUCCUCGGCAGCGUUCAGGUGGAGCCUUAGCUAUUCCUUUGUGUGCAUUUCAAGGGACUGUGUCUCUCCAUGCGCCCACAGGAAAAACUCUCUCUUUAUCUACAUAUGAGGUAAGCACGGAAGGACAGAAAAUUACUCCCACUUCGAAGAAAAUUGAAGUGUAUCGCUCCAAGAGUGUGGGUCACGAGCCAAACCCAGAGGAUUCUCCAACUACAUUUGCCGACACCAGUGUGAAGAUUCAUUUAGAGGUGCUUGAAAUUUGCGACAAUGAAGAAGCCAUGGACACUGUGUCCAUCAUUAGUAACAUCAGCCAGUCAUCUACCCAAGUCCGGUCUCCAUCCCUGCGUUAUUCUCGGAAAGAAAACAGAUUUGUCUCAUGUGAUUUAGGGGAAACAGCUUCGUAUUCACUCUUCAUUCCAUCAAACAAUCCUGACAGUGAUAUUAACAUAUCCAUCCCUGAUACUGUGGAAGCUCACAGGCAGAAUAGCAAAAAGCAACAUAUGGAGAAAGAAGGGUAUCAAGAAGAGAUUCAGAUGCUAAACAAAGCAUACAGAAAGAGAGAAGAAGAUGGUGUCAACAAUUAG